AUGAUUUGUUGGGGUUUACUUGGUUUAAAGCUUACAUAUUUCAUUUUCCCCCAGUUCCCGCAACAGAAAAAUGACUAUGAUUGUGGUCUCUUUGUACUCUUGUUUAUGGAAUGCUUUAUAGAAGAGGCCUUUAAAAGGCUGAAAAAGAAAGAGGAUGUGGAGGUAAAUAAUCGAAAGGUGAAAGUGUAUGGUAGGAAUUAUACAUUCAUUGAGACCAGAUGGAAGAAGCUCAGAGUUGGUGAACUUGUCAAGGUGCACAAGGAUGAGUACUUUCUUGUUGAUCUGCUUUUGCUUUCAUCAAGCUAUGAGGAUGGCAUUUGCUAUGUGGAAACUAUGAACCUUGAUGGAGAAACAAAUUUAAAAUUGAACAAUGCACUGGAGGUGACAUCCCAUCUUCAUGAUGAAAAUUCCUUGGAAAGAUUUAGGGCAGUGAUCAAGUGUGAGGACCCAAAUAAAAUUCUAUAUUCAUUUGUUGGGACUUUGUUCUAUAACGGCAGAGAACACCCACUUUCCUUGCAACAGAUGCUGAAAAAUACAGAAUAUGUCCAUGGAUUUGUUGUUUUCACUGGGCAUGACACAGAAGUGCGGCAAAGUUAG